AUGACCUCCAGCCUCCUCCAAAACCUCCUGCACAUAACCAACUUCCGGAACCCCUUCCUGCGCGCCGCAGUCCCGAGCGUCGCCGCCGCCUUCGCCCUGCAGACCGCCGUCGCCGUGCCCUCCAUCCUCACGCAGUCGGAGCGCUUCUACGAUGCCUCCGGCGCCGCGACUUUCUUGGCCGUGUCCGCGCUAAGCCUGUACCUGCCGAGCCUGCGCGCCCGUGCUGCUGCGACGUUGGUUGGGUUGCCGAAGCCGGCUUUGCCGAGUAUUCUUUCGGUGGUCGGUGGUGCGGGCGGGGGGUUUCAUUGGCGCCAGAUUGCGCUCACGGCUGCGGUGGUGUUUUGGUCGGUUAGAUUGGGCACCUACCUCUUCCAGCGGGUCCUGCAGCAAGGCCACGACUCACGAUUCUCGGAAAUCCGCGUCUCCCCCGGCAAGUUCGCAGGCGCCUUCGUCGGGCAAGCGACCUGGGUAUCUCUAUGUCUGGCCCCCGUGCUCGCGAUCAACGCGGCGCCGAUCGCAUCGCUAGCCGCUGUCCCUUUUGGCGUGACGGAUUUGCUGGGGUUGGCGCUGUUCGCGGGGGGCUUCGCGUUCGAGAUCACGGCGGACAGGCAGAAGGGCAGGUGGCUGCAGGGACGGAAGGAGAAGCUGCACGAUGAGCUUUUCUUGACGGGGGGGCUGUUUGCGAGGAGUCAAUACCCGAAUUACUUCGGCGAGUGCACGCUGUGGACGGGCAUCGCGACUGCGGCUGCCGGUGUCUUGGUUACGCGGCCAGUGCAGGCUGGACUCGGGCUAUCGGGUGGUCUGCCAGGCAAGAUUCUGGCGCUUGCGGUGUCGUAUAUCAGCCCGGCGUUUGUGAGCCUGCUGUUAUUGAAGGUGACGGGGGUGCCUUUGAGUGAGAAGAAGUACGAUGCCAAGUAUGGUGAUCGCAAGGAUUAUCAGGAGUGGAAGCGGAACACUCCCAAAUUCUUUCCCAAACUGUGGUAA